AGGAAGAAGGUGGGAGGUGGUUGGCUAUGGUGGAUGGGUGGAGAUGGAGGAGGAAGAAGGUGCGGAGGUGGCUGGCUAUGAAGGAUGGGCGAUGGAGGUGGAGGGGGAAGAAGGUGUGAGGUGGUUGGCUAUGGUGGACGGGUGAUGGACAUGGAGGAGGAAGAAGGUGCGGAGAUGGUUGGCUAUGGAGGAUGGGUGAUGGAGGUGGAGGAGGGAGGUGCGGAGGUGGUUGGCUAUGGAAGAUGGGUGAUGGAGGUGGAGGAGGGAGAAGGUGCAGAGGUGGUUGGCUAUGGAGGAUGGGUGAUGGAGGUGAAGGGGGAAGAAGGUGUGAAGGUGGUUGGCUAUGGUGGAUGGGUGAUGGAGGUGGAGGAAGGUGUGAGGUGGUUGGCUAUGGUGGAUGGGUGAUGGAGAUAGGAGGAGGAAGAAGGUGUGGACGUUGCCUAUGUAGGAUGGGUGGGGUAUGGAAAGUACUCGGGGUUUUGCAUGGGAAUGAUGGGGUCUAUUGUUGUCCAGUCCUUAAGAACUAGGCGGUAGUCCCGUGGGCCUACUUCCUGCAGGUCCUCUCUCUGUCUCUGCCCACAUCCCUCAUUGUGCCCCGACCACUGUACUCUGGCAACCCACCCUC